GGCAAGCCAGUGCUGAUAAGACGGGCCGGUGACGUAGCCGGGACACGAGCGGCGCUGCUGCCAUGCUGUGUGGGGGGCUCGGGGUGGCGAAGCCCGCCACGGCCGAUACGCAGUGCAUCGUCGAGGAGGUGAAGUCUCAGGUAGAAGAAAAGGAAGGGAAGAACUUCGAUGUUUUUGCUGCAGUGGAGUUUAAAACCCAGGUGGUUGCUGGCAUGAACUACUUCAUCAAGGUACAUGUUGGCAAUGAUGAGUUUUUGCAUUUGCGGGUGUUCAAAAGCCUUCCUCAUGAGAAUAAACCACUGAGCCUCUCCAGUUAUCAGAAAUGCAAGACUAAGCAUGACGAGCUGACUUACUUCUAGAGGGUGUUUGGGGAGGGCUUCCUUGUAUGCUAUCUUUAGGCUGCAAACUGCUAUUUUCUAUGCCAAUGAAAAGAGAUUUAAAACCAUCUAAGUCUGAAAAAAACAAAUUCUUCUUAUGCAGCUUACCCCCAGCCCCCUGGUCCAGGGAAGUAACUGGUUUCUCUUCUUCUUACACUAAUGUAAAUCUGUAAUUUCAAGAAAUUAGUGGACUUAACAGCCAUGUUCACUACAUAAGUGAAGAAUCAUGUCCUUUGACUCUGUUGUGAUUUUAAUGGACAAUAGAGUAUCCAGAAUGUAUCUGAGAGAGAGCAGUAGAAAUGGCAUUUUUUAAGCCCUCUUACAGAAUGGCACUAUUAAUUUAUAGAUUCCUUUUGUUCUCUUCAUAGUAUUUGCAGGGAUCAAAACAUAGCAGCAUCCCAUGGAACAGACAUGGGAAAAGUUUUAAAAAAUAUAUAUAGAUUGGGUUCAAUAUUCAGACAUUCCCUCAGUGAUCAGGUCUGUCUUCUAUAAGGGCAGGAUAGCAUCCCCAGUAGAGCAAGUAUCCAAUAUCACUGGAUCUAACCAAAAGCCCUUGUAAAUCCACACAUGCGUUUCCAAAUAAUAGAAUGAUAACUACUGGUGAGGGUAACUGGCUGGUGUUUGCUUCAUUAUUAAACAUGUAUUUCUUAAUUUGAAUUGUUUGAUUUCAUGAGGGCUUAGCUUUGUCAAGUGCAGAUUAAAAAUGCUUGUUCCAAACCAGAAA